AUGCGUCUGAGUAUACGUCUUGCCGCAUUAGGGGCGUCUCUGCUCCCAAUUGCUUCUGCCCAGACUUAUGGUCAAGGGCCGGACGAGAACGGCAUCUACUGGAUCAAGAGCGAAGGACUUACAGCCGGUUUCAUUCCGUACGGCGCGUCCAUCAGCCAUUUGUUGAUCAACGACCAGUAUGGAAUCCAGCGAGACAUUGUAACUGGAUUCGACAAUGCCACAUACUAUGGAAUAGACAAGCAGCACGGACAUUUCGGUGGCGUACCAGGUCGUUACGCCAAUCGUAUCAAGAACAGCACGUUCGAGAUCGAUGGCGAGACCUUCACGGUCGACGCAAACGAGAACGGCGGUUUGGACACCUUACAUGGCGGCUCUGACGGCUGGGACUAUCGCAACUUCACCGUUGUUUCUUACGCCGAGGACACCAUUACAUUCUCCAUUGUUGACCCUGACGGCAAGGAAGGUUUCCCGGGUGAAGUCGUCUCGUACAUCACUUACACCGUCCACGAUUGGACGUGGGACUUCAAGAUGAUCGCACUCGCAACUACCAAGAAGACGCCCAUCAUGCUCAGCAGUCACACCUAUUGGAACUUGGAUGGAUUUGCCAACAACGAGACUCAGAGCGCCUUGAACCACACUUUCUACCUACCCUACAGUGGUCAGCGUGUCGGCGUUGACAAUAUUCUGAUCCCUACUGGUGAUAUUCUUGCCAACCAACGCGGUUCGGUCAAUGACUUCUGGAGUAGACCCAAGCAGAUCGGCGAAUCAUUCGGCGAUCCCGAGCUUGAGGGCAACUGUGGAUUCAACUGCACCGGUUACGAUACCUGCUGGCUUGUCAAUCGCGAACAGAACGGUCCCUACGACUGGCGAAACGACGGCUUCGUUGCGCGCCUUUCCUCUGCCUGGUCGGGCAUCCAACUCGAUGUCUACUCAGACCAAGAAGCCUUCCAGAUGUACUCCUGCAACGGGCAGAACGGUAGUGUGGCGCUGAAGACUACACAAGGCCUCACUGACAACCCUGACUUCCCUCGUACCAUCCCCAAGUAUGGUUGUGUCGUCCUUGAGGUUGAAGACUGGAUUGAUGCCAUCAACCAGCCUGAAUGGCAACGGGAGAAGAAGCAGAUCUUCGAGCCUGGUGGUGACCCAUAUGUCUUGCAGGCCAGUUACCGCUUCAGCAUCAACGGCACCAGCUCAUAA